AUGUGGCUCAGCGAUGCUCAAAAGAUAGGAAUAGCACUAGUUGCUUUCGGUAUCUUCUUUCAAUUCCUCGGUAUCGUCUUACUGUUUGAUGGAGCUCUGCUCGCACUUGGCAAUAUCCUAUUUGUCAGCGGAUUACCGCUAAUCAUCGGCCCGACGAAAACAUUCUAUUUCUUCUCGAGGAGAGAAAAGUGGAGAGGGACGUUAUGUUUCUUUGGUGGAAUACUCAUGGUAUUCCUCAAAUGGCCAAUUAUCGGUAUUUGCGUUGAAUUCAUAGGAUUCGUCGGUUUGUUCGGUUCAUUCUUCCCUGUCAUAUUACAAGCAUUGAGACAAACACCUAUCAUUGGAACUUUUCUAUCAUUGCCUUAUAUCCGUCAAGUCGCCGAUAAAUUAGCGGGCGUACGUCAAAGUGCUGUUUGA